AAUCGAUCAGCAGCAGGCAACAUUGGAUUUCAACAUGUCUGCCGUGAGCUGUCAGUAAAGGAGUUGUUUUUUGAGCUCAACAGCAGCAGAUCCGCGAGGUCGGCGGACGACAGCAGACGCCCAUGGCUCAGUGCGUGCAGUCUGUGCACGAGUUCAUCCAGGACUCGUUCGUGCCGAUGGUGGCCGUCCUGUGCAGCGAAGAUGCGGAGCGAGUGACCCGCAAAAACAACCUGAGCUUUGCCGAGCUGCUGCGGCCUUUCUGCCGCCUGACGUCCGAGGGUCACCUGCGAGACCCCAACAACCAGGUGGUUGUGGUGAAGGGUCUCCGGAUCAGUGUGACGGGUAUCAGCACAAAGCCUCCGCAGACCCCAGACCUGCAGAAACUCCUCAGUCAGGCGGUCUCUGUCUGCCAGCCUCCUGAGGGUUCUCCUGCCAAUGUCGUCACGGCUGGAGAUUACGACCUUAACAUAAGCGACCGCACGGUCAAAGCGAGCGUUCCCUGGUACUCGGACUGGAAAGAAACAAUCACCCAGCUGAACUCAUCCAAGUGCUUCACAGCCACAACGCCAUGGUUUGAGACCUACAGGGAAAACUUCCUACAGUCCAUGCCUGCAUCUGAGCACGAGUUCCUCAACCACUAUCUGGCCUGUAUGUUGGUGGUAUCGUCACGUGACGCUGUACCCACAGAACAGUUCCUCAAACUCUCACAAGAACAGCACAGAAUCCAGCACAGCGGAGAAUACACCAUCCCUAAAUGGUUCAUCCCCAAUACACUUAAAUAUUACGUCUUACUCCAUGACAUCAGCGACGGAGAUGAGCAGAGGGCGGACUUAGUUUACGAAGAUAUGAAACAGCGAUAUGGUACGCAGGGCUGCUAUCUGCUGAAGAUAAAUUCCCGUAGUGGAGCCGGUGGUGCGGAUGAACAGAUUCCGGACCCCUGGAGUCAGUACUUGCACAAGACCAGCAUACACACCCCUGAGCUGUAUGAAGAGUCUGCAGUGAACAAUGUUGUUGAAAAUAAUGUUGACGCUGUGGAAGAUGGUCUCGAUUCUGCUGCAAGAGACGGCAUCUCCGAAUCGCAUCCUCUGCAGCUGGACCAGGCCACUGAUUCUUGUUACCCUAGCAACAACCACAGUCAGUCCGCGAACAGCGUAGAUGUGACGAAGCCUCAAAAACAGACCAGCGUGACCUCUCACACCCCUGUCACCCCUCCAGGAACCUGCCUGACCUUAAACGACCACGACCGUAUCCGGCAGUUUAUCCAGGAAUUCACCUUCAGAGGAUUAUUGCCACAUAUUGAGAAAAACAUUAGGCAGCUAAAUGACCAGCUCGUGUCGAGAAAAGGUCUCAGUCGAUCUCUUUUCUCUGCCACAAAAAAGUUGUUUGGUGGAGGGAAGGUACCAGAAAAGAGUAUUGCUGAUUUAAAGAACACUGCUGGGUUACUCUAUCCCUCAGAGGCUCCUGAACUUCAGAUCAGAAAGAUGGCCGACCUCUGUUUCCUUGUUCAACACUAUGAGCUGGCCUACAACUGCUAUCAUACUGCUAAGAAGGACUUUCUUUCUGACCAGGCCAUGUUGUAUGCCGCAGGAGCACUGGAGAUGGCUGCGGUUUCUGCCUUUCUACAAAGCGGGGCACCCAGGCCGUAUCCCGCACACUACAUGGACACGGCCAUACAGACCUACAGAGAUGUGUGCAAAAACAUGCUGUUGGCUGAGAGGUGUUGUCUAUUAAGUGCUGAGAUACUGAAGAGUCAAGGAAAAUACUCAGAGGCUGCUGCACUUCUCAUCAAGAUGACCAGUGAGGACUCUGACCUGCGGAGUGCGCUCCUAUUGGAGCAGGCAGCUCACUGCUUCAUUAAUAUGCGUAGCCCCAUGGUGAGGAAAUUUGCCUUCCACAUGAUAUUGGCUGGUCAUCGUUUCAGCAAAGCUGGACAGAAGAGGCAUGCAUUGAGAUGUUAUUGCCAGGCGUUGCAGGUGUAUAAAGGUAAAAGUUGGACACUAGCUGAGGAUCACAUCAACUUUACCAUCGGUCGGCAGUCUUUUACUCUCCGGCAGCCAGAGAACGCGGUGGCUGCAUUCCGGCACAUUCUCAUCAAUGACAGCAAACAGUCGGCUGUACAGCAGGCUGCUUUCCUCAGGGAAUACCUUUAUGUGUACAAGAGUAUGGGUCAGUUGUCGGGUGAAAGCUCCCUCCCUCAGCUGCCACUGCCCUGCCUGCACAGCUCACAGACGCGGGUGUUUUUCGGCCACGAACGCAGACUUGCUGAGGGUGAAAAGCAGGCCGCCACACACGUCUCUUUGGACCAGGAGUUUGACCGUGACCUUUCUCAGAUGUGGAGGGAGUUGGAGGAGCGGGUUGUCGCUGUGGCAAACCGAGGAACGGUGCCUGCUACCUUCCAGCCAUCCCAGUGUUGCCUGAAUAGCCAGACGGACAACCUCAGAUACCCCCUGGCUGUUGUGGAGGAACCCAUAAUUGUGGAGGUGGUCUUCCGUAACCCCUUGAAGGUUCCUUUGGUUCUGUCGGCACUGUCUCUGCUGUGGAAGUUUACUCUGAAAGACUUCUCAGGCCCUCAGGGAGGCACGGUUGGAGAAACCAUCACCAAUGAAAAAGAGGCUACGUCUUCAAAAGAAACCACGGCCCUUAAUGAUGUCAUCGACACACAAAUCAUUCCAGAGUUCAACAUGAGCCCAGAAGAGACCAAAGUGGCUCGUUUAAGGUUGCUUCCUCAUAAGACAGGAGAGCUUCAUGUUCUCGGGGUGGUUUACGACCUGGGCACUGCAGAUGUGGGCAACAGCGAAGGUUUACCUGCCAGUGAUCUGAUGUGUGUGCGUGGACAGCAGAAUCUGGAGAUCCAGGGUCCCAGGCUCAACAUGACCAAAGAAGAAAAGACCUCUGUGAAAUAUGGACCAGACCGCCGCCUGGACCCCAUUAUCACGUCUCCUAUGCCUUUACUGGAGGUGUUUUUUAUCAAUUUCCCUACUGGUUUACUAUGUGGUGAGAUUCGAAAAGCGUGGGUAGAAUUUGUGAAUGUAAGUGCAGUCCCGCUCACCGGCCUGCGGGUGGCGUCCACUCACCCAGAGUUCUUCACAUUCGGGAGUGCCACGUCUGACCUCACGCCAGUGACGCCCACGGCAGCAGAGCACUGUUCCGCUUACAAGACUGUGGCCACACCCCCUUCAGUAGCAGCGGUGACCCUCGUUUCACCAGCUGCGUUUGGGGUCACCAGCGGUCAUAGGCCGGCAGUGACAGAGAUCCCCUUAUCAAGAGGCAUUUUGGGACCAGGGGAGGCGUUACAGAUUCCACUGUGGCUCAGGGGUCCUGACAGAGAGGGUGUCCAUGAAAUCAACUUCCUGUUUUACUAUGACAGCACAGAGAAGGCUGCAAAACUCAGUCACAGGGUGCUUCGUCAUACGGUUUUCAUCUGUGCAAGCCGCUCUCUCAGCGUCACAGCUACGGCGAGCCGAAGCAACACGCUGCAGGGCGGAGAGGAGCAGAGAGGGAAAGAUGAGAACCACAGCAGCAUGUUGGUCUUCGUAGACGUUGAAAACAUCAACACAAGUGAAGCAGGUGUUCGUGAGUUCCACAUUGUUCAGGUUUCCAGUAGCAGCCGGCAGUGGAGGCUGCACAAGUGCAUCAAUCCUGCAGGAGAUAAGGACUCUAAGCUGGCCAGCAGGGAAAGGGGAAAGCUGUGCUUCAGAGCUACCAGAUGCCGAAUAGAGGAAGCUACCUCAGAUGCAGUAGAAAAAUACACAUUUGCUGACCUCAACCUUGGCAAUGAGCAAAUCAUCAGCUCUACCACUCCAUGCGCUGACUUCUUCUUCCGGAGGGAUUUGCCCUCUGAGCCAAGGAGAGGGGGCGUGGCCACAGGCGGUGCUAGCCAGAUGGGCAGACAGAGCCUCACGCCGCAGAGCACGGAUGACGAUGCCAUGACGAGUAUCAUCAGAAAAUGCAGCGAAGUAGAGUUUGACAUCAUCGUCCUUUGGAAGGCAUAUGUUGUCGAGGAUAACAAGCAGCUUAUUGUAGAGGGUCAGCUUCACGUUUCACUGCAAACUAUUGGCAAAGAGGCCUGCACGCUCACACAAAAAGAGGAGACUCAAGAGAUGGUGCUUUUGAAGUUCAAACCAGACGUUCCACCUCCUAUAAGCAAGCCUUCAUUGGAACAGCUUUCCCACCUUAUAAAGACCUGUCUCCACUACCCCGAGUCUUACGAUCAUCCCUUUCCACAAAAGAGUUUAUGUAUGGUACCAGUUACCCUGACGUUGUCCAACUGUUCCUUGGCUCAGGUAGACGUCAUCAUUGAUCUGCGACACAAAACGACAAGCCCAGAGUCAUUGGAAGUGCACGGUUCAUUUACCUGGCUGGGCCAAACCCAAUAUAAGUUACAACUGCAGGCACAGGAGGUGCACAGGCUUUCCUUAAAGGCCUGCUUCUUCCAGGCUGGGGUUUAUAAUUUGGGCACGCCUCGUGUCUUCGCCAAGUUGGCACAGACCAGCGCUAUGUGUGAGACGAGCCAGCAGAGCGCCAUGCCUGCCCUCAUAGUCAUCAACAGCAUUUGAGUAACCGUGUGUUACUCUAACUUCGAUCCAAUAUUUCUUCAACAUUCUCUAAAGACUUGGCACACCUAAAUAUUGGAGGAGGACUCCCAAGAUUUUUCUACUACUUCCUGAAACUAAUCUAAUUGAGAAAGACUUGGACACAAAUAUUUCAACUUAACACUGCAUCUGAUGUGCUCGUAAGGUCUGCGAUGGUGACUCUAGAUGUUUCGUCUUAAAUGCAAAGAAUCGUGCAUUUGAAGUGUGACUGGAUCUUUUUCUUAAUUUAUCUCUUUUUUUUGUCGGUUGUGUAUCUUUGAAAGAUUUCUCUUUUAUGUAAUAUUUUUGUUUUUAGAUCUAUCGAAUGAUGAUUUACCCACAUACUGUAUGUUAUAAUGUACAUUAAAUUGGCUAUGCAUUUGCCUCAUACUCCACUGCUGGCUCGUGGUUGUCCACUGUUUUCGGGUUGCCACAGUAACAAAAACAUCUCUCCAAUUUGAUCUUAAAUCCAGUGAUACUAAAUGCUUUAAACUGAUGAGUUGCAGUUGGUAUCAUUUCAGCUCCUGAAAGAACUUAAUAUUCUGUGCUAAUGAGGAAUUAAGUGGAACCUCUGUGACCUUAUGAGACGCCAGUUGAAGUGCAAUCCAAUGAGAGAAGCCAUCUUAAUGUUUGUAACCCAAUGAGAGAAUGGCAGAAUAUAUGUUGCCCUAACAGCAGAGACUGGAACUGUGACACCAAGAGGGUAAAAGCCACUGCCUGUGUGAGGGUACAUUUUUGUUUCUGUAUCUUUGUGUGGAUGGACUGUGCUGUUUUCAUUAGACAAUUUUAAUUUUCUACAACUAAACAUGUCCCGCAAUCUCGGCUCUCAUUCGGUCAUCUCCACUCCAAUGAUCCAGCUGUUAUUUAAAUGUAUCUACAUGACUGCUUUUCUGAAAAAAUGAUGUAUUAUAUUUAUAACAAAUUACUGUACAUAGAAUAAAAUGUAACCAAUAACCAA